CUCGUGCUCUUUUAAAUCCGUGUCUCGCUCCGCCUGUUUCUGGGCACUGGACACCUUUGUUCACUCAAGCUUGCUUCCAUCAACGUCACGACCCCGUUUACGGCCAUCAUGUCUUACGAGCCGGAUCACACGCACGACAAGAAGAGGGUCCACUUGCAGGACGCCUCGGGCGCCGAGAAGAAGGAGGAGCUCGAUACCUCCACUGCUAUCUUGAAAAAGAAGAAGAAGCCCAACUCUUUGAUUGUGACCGAUGCCAUUAACGAUGAUAACUCGGUCAUUGCCCUCUCGAACAACACUAUGGAGACUCUUCAGCUCUUCCGUGGUGAUACAGUCCUCGUGAAGGGCAAGAAGCGCAAGGACACUGUGCUGAUCGUCCUGGCCGAUGACGAUCUCGAUGAUGGCAGCGCCCGCAUCAACCGUGUCGUGCGUCACAACCUUCGUGUCAAGCACGGCGACAUGAUCACUGUUCACCCUUGCCCCGAUAUCAAAUAUGCCAAGCGCAUUGCUGUCCUUCCCAUCGCUGAUACCAUUGAGGGUCUGACCGGCUCUCUCUUCGACGUCUACCUUGCUCCCUACUUCCGCGAGGCCUACCGACCAGUCCGACAGGGUGACCUGUUCACAGUACGAGGUGGUAUGAGACAAAUCGAAUUUAAGGUUGUGGAGGUCGACCCUCCCGAAUAUGGCAUUGUUGCCCAGGACACAAUUAUUCACUGCGAGGGCGAGCCCAUCCAACGAGAGGAUGAGGAGGGCAACCUCAACGAAGUUGGCUACGAUGAUAUUGGUGGAUGCCGCAAGCAGAUGGCUCAGAUCCGUGAACUGGUCGAGUUGCCUCUCCGUCACCCUCAGCUCUUCAAGUCCAUUGGUAUUAAGCCGCCUCGUGGUAUCCUCAUGUACGGUCCCCCUGGUACCGGUAAGACCCUGAUGGCUCGUGCUGUCGCCAACGAGACUGGUGCUUUCUUCUUCCUGAUCAACGGUCCCGAGAUCAUGUCGAAGAUGGCUGGUGAAUCAGAGUCGAACCUGCGCAAGGCCUUCGAGGAGGCCGAGAAGAACUCCCCUGCUAUUAUCUUCAUUGAUGAGAUCGACUCCAUUGCCCCCAAGCGUGAGAAGACCAACGGUGAGGUCGAGCGCCGUGUCGUUUCCCAGCUGCUCACCCUCAUGGACGGUAUGAAGGCCCGUUCCAACGUCGUUGUCAUGGCCGCCACCAACCGUCCCAACUCCAUUGAUCCUGCUCUUCGUCGUUUCGGCCGUUUCGAUCGCGAGGUCGACAUCGGUAUUCCCGACCCAACUGGCCGUCUUGAGAUUAUGCAGAUCCACACCAAGAACAUGAAGCUUGGUGAGGAUGUUGAUCUGGAGACCAUUGCCGCCGAGACCCACGGUUACGCUGCUAUGCAGCAGAUCCGUGAGAAGAUGGAUCUCAUUGAUCUCGAUGAGGACACCAUCGAUGCUGAGGUUCUCGAGGCCCUCGGUGUCACCAUGGAGAACUUCCGCUUCGCCCUGGGUGUCUCCAACCCCUCCGCCCUUCGCGAGGUUGCUGUGGUCGAAGUUCCCAACGUUCGCUGGGACGACAUUGGUGGUCUCGAGGAGGUCAAGCGCGAGCUUGUCGAGAGUGUCCAAUACCCCGUGGACCACCCCGAGAUGUUCCAGAAGUUCGGUCUCUCGCCUUCUCGCGGUGUGCUGUUCUAUGGUCCUCCUGGUACUGGUAAGACCAUGUUGGCCAAGGCUGUUGCCAACGAGUGUGCUGCCAACUUCAUCUCCGUCAAGGGCCCUGAGCUUCUGAGCAUGUGGUUCGGUGAGUCAGAGAGCAACAUCCGUGACAUCUUCGACAAGGCCCGUGCCGCUGCUCCUUGUGUCGUCUUCCUUGACGAGCUGGAUUCCAUCGCCAAGUCUCGUGGUGGCUCUGUCGGUGACGCCGGUGGUGCCUCCGACCGUGUUGUCAACCAACUUCUUACUGAGAUGGAUGGUAUGACUUCUAAGAAGAACGUCUUCGUCAUUGGUGCUACCAACCGUCCCGAGCAGCUUGAUGCUGCUCUGGUCCGUCCUGGUCGUCUUGACACCCUGGUCUACGUCCCCCUGCCUGACCAGGAGUCCCGUGAGGGUAUCCUCAAGGCCCAGCUUCGCAAGACUCCUGUCGCGGGCGACGUCGACAUUGCCUUCAUUGCCAGCAAGACCCACGGCUUCUCCGGUGCCGAUCUCGGCUUCGUGACACAGCGUGCGGUCAAGCUCGCCAUCAAGCAGGCUAUCUCCGCCGACAUCGACCGCCAAAAGGAGCGCGAGGCUGCCGGCGAGGACAUCACGAUGGGUGAAGAGGAAGAGGAAGUGGAAGACCCCGUGCCCGAGCUCACUCGUGCUCACUUCGAGGAGGCCAUGAAGUCCGCCCGCCGCUCCGUCAGCGACGUCGAGAUCCGCCGCUAUGAGGCCUUCGCCCAGAGCUUGAAGAACACCGGAGGCGGUAGCUUCUUCCGCUUCCCAUCUGCUGGCGAAGUCCAGGAGAACGAUACCUUCGGGGAAGCCGGCAAUGACGACAGCCUCUACGAUUAA